CGGACCGGACGAGCUAUCCUCAUUCUAUUCCCAACUCUCGGACCAAUCGUUUCGGCUCUCUAAAUUCUAAAUUCUAAAUUUCAAAAUUCAAAAUAAAAUUUCAAAAUGCCUUGCUGCCAACCUUGCUGUGGUCCUGCCUGCUGUUACCCCUGUAAUAACGUGCCCUGCUGUGGCCCGCACAGUCCGCCCUGCGGUGCUCCUUCUCCCAUUCCGUGCUCCCCUGCGCCAGGCAUGUGCUGCCCUCCGUUGCCCGAGGGCGGCAUUCCCGAUCCCCGUGUGUGGAACUACUACAACACACCCGUCACUUAUCCAUGUGGCUUCUAAAUGGAACGGGUAGUCGAUCGGUGUCUGUGCUUACGUGCCAUGUCCUUGCUGAGGUACUGUGAUAUGGAUGUGGCACUUGGAGCAUACAAUUGUCCUGCAGUUUAACCCAAAUUGGAGGCAGUUCAAUUCAGCGAAUCUAAGAAGAUACGAAGAUUCUUCGAAGAACAACGAAGUGGUGAAGGUGUUAACUGGAGGAAUCCUGGAAAUAUUUAGAAAUAUCAAAGCAGCUUGGCAUGGAAUUGUUUAUAUAUAUCUGGAAAAGUUUUUGGCAAAUAAAUUAUGGAAAACUUCUUUAAAA